AUGGAACGUCGAUCCAGAUCCCCCCAAUCUCGUACACAGUUAGACAGACCGGAGUGGGACUCGGAAAGCGGCACAGGUACGGAGAAUUGGACUCCUGGUCGUUCUGAUUCUUCAAAUGGUGAUAACAGCAAUGAGUUGGCCGAAUCGACAAAGAACUAUACGCAAGACUCGCAGAUCAACGCUCAUACUUCACAAGCAACACACACGCCUUCCAGUAGCGACCUCAAGACGACAGACAAGAGGUGGAGAGCGCUCAUGUACUUUAAUGUGGAACAAUUCCUGAAGCUAGACAUUAUCCACAAAAUAAUCGAGAACCUAAACGACCGCGACCUCGUCAACGUCAUGGAGCAAGCUCUGAACGUCGAAGAUCUCGAUUGCACUAUACAGAGACGGGUCCAGUACGAGGUCCUCUGCACGUCCCAGAACCAGCGCAUCGAUUAUCUCAACCACUACCUCCGCGGUGAGGGUGCUGAGACCCUCGAGAUCAAGACAGAUACAAAACUCACGCUGCACAAUCAACUCUAUCACUUCUGUGUAAGAAACCCGGAAAAGAAGAGAGGAAUGCUCCUCGACCAACUGCGUCAGAUAUCAACUUUGAAGGCAUUUAAUGCGCUUGCUCGGCAGAUCUGGGGUCUCUCCGUAGAGGGGAGGAACAAGCUGGGAGAUGAUGCGAUUCAAUAUCAUGAGCGGCGACAUGAAGUCGAUCCAAAGUACUGGCUUCCUUGGAGGUGCUUGUGA